UUUCUCAUCUUUCCUCCCCUGCACUUUCCCGACUGUAUGGAGACAUACCCGCCUGAGGGUUCACAACAACCGCGCAGGUACAACCGCGCAUGCUGUGCUUGCCGCCGCUCUCGGGACAAACGUAAGUGCAACAGAAAAUGGAAUAUCGAAGGAGGGAGAUGUUCUAAGUGUGAGAAGUUGGGGAUUGAUUGCACUAGACAGUCGCCUAAACUUCGUGCAUCGAGAAACCGGAUGAACGCCGCUAAUACUCCCGCUCGUGGUCAUCUCAUGAACUUCGCUCGGCCCCUGUACUCAGGCCCGACUACUCGAGACCAUGAUCGGGAUUUCCAGAGAUCUCCUGCAGAUAAUGUACUGCCGGAUGCCGGAAUAGACGAGGGGAUCCAAUAUGCCAAUUUCCACUUUCCUGGUAUUUUCCACCAAGAACGAUUCAACCAACGCUCUCAACACGAUAGAGAUAUGAAUAGCGACGAUCAUGAACACUUCAGUGUGAUGUUGUUUUGCGUCAUUCGUCUCUUUAGCAAGAACCUUGGAGAGGAAAGAUUCAGAGAGCUCCUUGAUGUUGCGGAAGGAGCCUAUGGGAGGGAGUUUGAGACUCCAACUCUCGCCACUGUUAUGGCUACCAUUCUGCUCUCGUGGUUGCUGCCCCGAAGGUCGAAGCAGCACAUUCGGUUUGCAAAAGAUUUGCUAGCUAUUGCCCGUGAAUGGCUAGAUUCAUAUGGCGAGCGCGAGUUUCUGAGGAGUGUACCUCUCUUCAAGAUCUGCCACCUACUGGACAAAGUCGGUGAUUUGGUGUGUCAGCGGAUAACAGUGCCUCCAGUAGUUUGCAGCUGAAUCAACUCCAUGCUGUUUAACCUCUAGACCAAGAACUUUCAUGUUCACCAUAAUCAGCAAAUGACCCAACCCCUAUCUUCCUCACCCGUAUCACCGAAGGGGCAGGGAUCGCUUACCUAUACGACAGUUCUUCCACAGCGUAAAACUAUUAGUCCGUCAGGC